CGCACACUUUGAACGUCAUGUGGUGGCGGGCUGUUGACGUGCUGUGCUCAUGAAGCUGGACAUAUGUUAGCUUCUAAUGCUACCUGAUACCUGCAAGAGAUUAGCUUUGUGUAAAACAAAAUAAAGUCAAAGAUCACGUUGGAAUAAAUCGUCCACGUUUGUUUCGGUGACGGGAGAUGUGGAUCCUCAAGCCCCGGGAGCCUGGAGGAGAAACCCACUACCUGCUGCCCACUAAAUUGUACGUUGUGGGACGCAAGAACUGUGAUGUCCUCUUGGCCAACGACCAGUCUAUUAGCCGGGCACACGCCCACCUGACUGCUGAUGAGCAGACUCUUUCUGUGAAAGACUCCUCCAAGUAUGGCACGUUUGUAAACGACAGUCGUCUACCAGAGAACCAACCAUUGAUCCUGAGAGCAGGGGACAAUGUCACAUUUGGGGUUUUCCACAGCAAGUUCAGUGUGGAGCACCGGGAGCUUGUGGUCUGCUCGUCAUGUCUGGACAACAGCGAGAAGAAGUUGCUCUCUGAUGCUCUGCAACCUCUAGGGGGCAGGCUUGUCAACUCCUGGACUCCAGACUGCACCCACCUCGUCAUGUCUUCAGUCAAAGUCACCAUUAAGACCAUCUGUGCCCUGCUGUGCGGCGGAUUCAUCGUCAAGCGGGAGUACUUCACAGAGUUCAGUAGAGCCCUGCACCAGAGAUUACCCCCUCCUGAAUCCCACAGUUUCAUCCCAGAGAUCGAUGAGCCCAGCUUGAAUAAAGAGGCAGUGAACCUCUGCUCAAACCCAGAGCGUGGGCGGCUCUUCCGUGGAAAAAACUUUGUUUUCUUCAACUCAAAACAGCUGAAGCGUUUGAGUGCCGCAGUGAGUUUCGGAGGUGGGGAGAGCCUGCUGCUGGAAGAGGGCUCGCUGCCAAGGCCCCUGCUCGAGUCCCCACAAAGCUGUGUUGUGGACCCCGCGGCCUCAGGGAGCUCCCAGCUACUGCUGCCCAGCUCCACCGCGGGCUGGCUGGACUCUGCGAAGAGGCUUGUACACGAAAGUGGCUGUCGACUCAUCACAGAGUCUGAGAUUGGAUUAGCAGCCAUUUAUGUUUCUUGUGAGAAAUACUGCAAUCCGUCCAUUGCCUUCAGUGAAUCAGACUCAGUCCAGAGUGUCCGGCCCCGGCUGCCCCCGUAUGCCUCUCUGUCCCAGAACGUGGCUGUAGAAGAGACAGUGCUGCAGGCAUCAUCUAUCAACAUCACCGCAUACGUUGGCAACACAGAGGCCUCUCAAGGGCUGGGGACGAAGUCCACUGCAAGGAUAGAGACGGUGGGAGAGACCCAGAAGACGCCCCAGCACAGCAGAACCCAACCGCUCUCCAAGCCCAGGCCCAGCGCUCAGGGAGCUGGACGUGUGUCCGCUGUCGCUGACACCAUGAGCGCCUCCUUCCACACCGUAGAGAACACCGGCUCGCAGCAGCAGGAAGCAGGCCCCAGAGAGCAAGGUGCAAAGAAUGCUGGUGUCUUGCCAUCCAAUCAGAAGACCCACAUUGGUGUGGGGGCUUCCUCACAGAAACGCUCUUCCCAGAAACAGAAGCCCCCAGCCCAGUGUUCCCCACAGAAACAGGCCCCCCUCACCAACUUCUUCCAGCCAGUCAACAAAAAGAGGCCUCGGGCGGACGAAUUCUCUGCUGAAGAGUCGGAGCCCAAGAGAGCCCUCCAACCAGGCGCCUCCUCCUCCUCCUCCUCAGCCGCUCCGAGAAGACCCACAGGGGCCCAGAGUCCGCCGGGCUCAGAGUUCGAUCUCUUCACGAGGCCCAUGGACACUCAGUCACGGGCAGGCGGGGUCUCCCAUCCAUCCCAGCAGGGGACGCUGGGCAGGAAAAGGAAGGAGCUGGAGGAUGUUGGGGACAAGGAGCUGGAGGAGGAGAAGGAGAAGGCCGAUGAUCUGGACAUGGAGGAACUGGAAUCCCUUAUGUCUUUAGAGAUGGAGGGUUUUGGCGAGCCGUCCCGGGCCGCCCCGGACCAACAGGCACAACUCGUAGGAAACCGCUCGGUGGACAAGAGGAAUCCCGCCUCCACGGUCGCUGUGGAACACUCCUCUACAAGCAAGAGGCCGCGGGUCGACCCGCGGGACCCCGGGGGGGCUGGUCCAGGGCCCAGCGGUGGCCUGCUGAAAGGCUCCACCUCAACCACCACCACCACCACCACCCAGAGCUCGGAGGCGGAAAAUUGCACCAACUCCAUCAUGAGACACAAUCCCCUCAUAACUGCGGACCGUGCAGGGGUUGCGCGGUGGCUCUGCGGGGGUCCAGAGGAGGCCCCAGCUGGCACCAGAAGUCAAGAAGCACUGGCUGUUAAAGAUGAAAAUGUGUCUAUGGUUGUGGAUGGUUCAGAGGGAUUAGGUGGUGCAGCCCGUGGACAACCUAUGGAAAUGCUGGAAAAACCACUGAAUGUAUUCAAACAGGACAAAAUAGCCUCUGAAGCAGAGGAAGGUCUUCCGAAGCGGCUGGUAUUGGUGGAGUUUAAAUCCCUCAUGGUCACAGCGCCUCCUAGAGGCAAACCCCAGCAAACACAGGGACCCAGCUCCACAAAGAACUUCAAAUGCUUUUGCAAAGUACGGGGGUCCAGCACCGAGAGGCUAGCCCGGCUCAUUGGAGGCGGUGACCUACUGGCCCACAACAGGGGCAAGAACUCUGAGCUGGAUGACUUGCUGAAGGAUGCUUCUGAGGAGGAGCAGCAGAGCAGGCGGGAUGAGAGCCUUGGAGAUGACCUCUUCAGGUACAAUCCAUCCAGGCUGUCCAAAAAAAGAUGAACCCUCCACAUCAAGCGAUGCCGCAGUGAGGAGGUGGUCGACAGGCAUCAGGAUAAUAUAAAGGCCCUCUCUAAUAACGUCACCAGACCUGCUGUUUGUGGUCUAAGGAACAAGUUAAUGACAGUGAAUGUUUGUUUUGUUGUAUGUAGCAGGCAUACCUUCAUGUCUCUCGCACUAAUUGCAGGUUGUUUAUACAAUGUAAAAAAAAAAGACUUCAGAUUUGUUUUUGAAGAUUGUAUUUGUUAAUAAAAAAAUACAGU